AAUUGGCCUAAAACCCUCGAAAGUCGAAACGAAGGAGGGCAGAAACGAGACUCUAUUGUCAGCUCCCUUGAACCCUUUUUUUUUUUUUUUUAAUUUUUCGUUCCUCGGGCCACUUCUCAGUUAAAGAACAUAUAGAGGAAGGGAGAGAUGGGAAGCGACAGCGAGACCGAGAAAUCGCAGGACAGGAAGAAGAUGUUGUCACUCGCUCCCAUAGCGAAACCUCUUGCAGGGAAGAAGCUUUGCAAGAGAACUCUCAAGCUGGUCAGAAGAGCUUCAGAAGCUAAAUGCUUGAAGAGAGGAGUUAAGGAGGUGGUUAAGAGUAUUCGACGUGGUAACAAAGGUUUAUGUGUUAUAGCCGGGAAUAUUUCUCCUAUUGACGUCAUUACACAUGUUCCAAUCUUAUGUGAGGAGGCUGAUAUUCCCUAUGUAUAUGUUCCCUCGAAGGAGGAUCUUGCCACUGCAGGAGCAACCAAGAGGCCUACAUGCUGUGUCUUGGUGCUAACCAAGCCUACCAAGGGGGAGCUGGGCCAGGAGGACCAAGAAAAAUUGAAGGCAGAUUAUGAGCAAGUUGUACAAGAUGUGUCUGAACUGACAUCCUCUCUUUUCUGAAAGAAAAAAAAAAAAACAAUACUAAUUCAGUUGUCUACUUUUAGCUUCUAGGGAUUGUUGUUAAUUUUAGCUUACCUUUCCAUGGUGUUAUAUAUGAUAUCUUUUGAAUUGAUUUUGAGUGUAUGUGGGUUCGAUUGCUUUAUCAUUCCUAAAAAGGAAGGACCCAAGUCGGUCGAGUUUCAUGGCUUUUAA